CGGGAAGUUUGAAUAUUGACUUGUAGGUAGUCGCUCAGUAGUGAUCUCUGUACUUUACACAAACAGUUUGGGGCAGGUGCGCGUGAACGUAAGCGCGGGAGAGACCUAGCUGAGGGACAACGGCUUGAGCGAGACGACAUAUUACCUAUUAGAUUGUGUUUUGUCCCAGCCAUGGGGUCAGCAGAAUCCAGGGAGCAGGUCACCCCAGCACGUCCUCUGCGCAAUCGUCAUCUGUCUAAUGUGAAAGAUCCCCGUUCCCCCACAGCUGGAAUCCCGAGGACACCCAUUGAGGUUGGGGACACACCUCGUAGGACUCAAUGUGAUGAAGAGGUUCAGGAUUUGCCACUGAUGUCUGAUCCACGUUCCCCCACUCAUGGCAUCUCGCGCACUCCUCUAAGACCACCUGCACAUGUUGCCCUGAACCUUCUGGCUAAACAGCUGAGUGAGGUAUUUGUUGCAGAUGACCCUGGUACAGAAGGUGACUUAGUGGUCAGUCCUACUUCCGUUACCGCCCCUGAGGAGCCGCAGACGGAUCCCCCUGCAGAAGAGAGAGUGGGGUCCCCAUCAGUGCCUACUGAUGCACCAGGGGCAGAAACACCUACAGCCCCUACUCUGGCACUGGAAGCACCAUCUCAGUCCACCCCCACUGAGACAAAGGAGGAGAGUGUGACAGUCCCGCCUACACCAUCUGGUGGGCAAAAGCCCAGGUGCAAAUCUCCCCGCUCAGCUGGUAUGAAGAACAUGCGUCAGCGUCCCAGGAAAGGACUUGUCUCCUCGGCUUCGGGACGCUCCCCUCUCAAAAUCCUGCAAGAGGACAACUCUCCAAACACUGCAAUGCAGCACCGACAGGGUAAGAAGCUGCAUUUCCAGCCUGAGCCACCGUCCUCUCUCCGUGCGCUGAAGAUCUCACACAGCAGCUGGGAGAGCUCUCAUAACAAAGAAAACACUCAGUACGGGCAUAGUGAGGGGUAAAGUGAUGCAACCCGUCUGAACCUUGUGUAAAUAUUUACCUGCCUGCAGCAAUGUUUUCUGCUUGUGCACCU